AACACCAUAUUCCAAUUCGUUCAUAUUCGUUUGGUUGGUUGUCCUUGAAGCUUAAACACCCAAAUUAUAUUACAAUGGCCUUAAACUCAUCUCAGCCUCAUUUUGUGUUGAUGCCUUUUAUGUGCCAGGGGCACCUUAUCCCCAUGAUAGACAUAGCCAGGUUAUUGGCAGAACGUAAUGUAAUUGUUACUAUAAUUACCACACCUCAGAAUGCUGCCCGCUGUAGCACUUCCAUCAAGCGUGCCAUUGAGUCUGGUCUAGCUUUCCGUGUUCUACAGGUUCGCUUUCCUGCUGCAGAGGUUGGUUUGCCAGAGGGGUGUGAAACAUUUGACAGUCUCCCUUCCAUGCACCUGAGGAGCAACUUCUACGCUGCUGUAAGCUGGCUGCAGCAACCGGUAGAGAAGAUGUUUGAAGAGCUAAAGCCUCAGCCAAGCUGCAUUAUAUAUGACCGGAAUUUCACAUGGAUAGCUGAAAUUGCUUCGAAGUUUCAGAUUCCAAGGUUUUCGUUUGAUGGAAAAAACUGCUUCUUUCUCUUGUGCUAUCAUAAUUUAACCACUUCCAAGGUCCAUGAAUGCAUAUCCGAAGGAGAAGCUUUUGUCGUGCCAGGACUGAAUGAUAGAAUUGAAUUCACAGCAGCCCAGCUACCGGGAAAUCUCAAUCCUGGAUCAUCAUCAAACAUGAACGAACUUAUUAAGAAGAUGAUGGAGGUAGAAAAAGGAGCGAAUGGGUUGAUAGUAAACAGUUUUGAGGAGUUGGAAGCAGAAUAUGUAGAAUCAUAUCAAAAGGUUAGGAAACAAAAGCUGUGGUGCGUUGGUCCUGUCUCACUAUGCAACAAGGAAAACUUCGAUAAAGCUCAGAGGGGUAACGAGGCUUUAACUGAUGAAAAUCAAUGCUUGAAGUGGCUGGAUUCAUGGCCUAGAAGCUCUGUAAUCUAUGUUUGCUUUGGAAGCCUCAAUCGCCUAACACCUCCACAGUUAAUUGAACUUGGUUUAGCCUUGGAAGCAUCAAACAGACCAUUCAUUUGGGUUAUUAGAGGGGCUAAUAAGAAAGAAGAAAUGGAGAAAUGGUUAGCAGAAGAUGGAUUUGAGGAGCGGCUAAAGGGACGAGGCCUCUUGAUAAGGGGCUGGGCGCCACAAGUUCUAAUUUUAUCGCACCCUUCCAUUGGAGGAUUUUUGACACACUGUGGCUGGAAUUCAACACUUGAAGGGAUUUCUGCUGGUGUGCCAAUGUUAACAUGGCCUAUGUUCGCCGACCAAUUUAUGAAUGAGAAGCUACUAGUACAAAUACUGAAAGUUGGUGUUCGGGUAGGGGUAGCAGUUUCGGUGCAGAUGGGAGAGGAAGAAUCUGCGGUGCUGGUGAAGAGGGAGGAUGUUAAGAAGGCAGUGGAGAGUUUAAUGGAUGAAGGAGAGGAAGGAGAAGAGAGAAGAAAAAGGGCAAGAGAGCUUGCAAAGAUGGCAAAGAAAGCAGUUGAAGAAGGAGGGUCCUCUUACCUUAACAUCACACUACUAAUUGAAGAUAUCAUGCUACAAGCCACCGCCACUAGUCCAGCUUUAGCAUGAGAGACAAAAAGGGAUAUUCACUGGUAUUUUUAAGUUUUUUUUUUUUAGGUGAGCUUAUAGUUCAGUGAUAAUAAAAUAUAAAUUCAGAAUUUUUGGAAUUUGGAAUUCGAAUUCUGGUGGUAGUCCAAAAAACAAAAAAUAUAUAUAUUAUUUACUAUAAUUUGUUCAAAAAUAAUGUUGGGGAAUAUGAUGACAUGCCAAUAAAGGAGAUCAAACUGGAAAAAUAAAUUAUUAAUUACAAGUACAGUUAAGCU